GCGGAGCGGAAGUGGGCGGCUGCGCGACCUGUGCAGAGCGGAGCUGCGGGCGGGACCUGGCCGAGCUGGAGGGCGCGGGGGAGCGGGGCCCGGCCGGCCCGCGAGGCCCGGGGGAGCGGACUUCUGGGGCGCCUGCAGCGUCAGCGGCGGCGCCGGGGGAACGGGGCGGGGAUGGGGCGCCGAGCCGGGCGGCGGCCGGGGCCUCGGCCAUGUUCGCGGGGCUGCAGGACCUGGGCGUGGCCAACGGCGAGGACCUGAAGGAGACCCUGACCAACUGCACCGAACCGCUUAAGGCCAUCGAGCAGUUCCAGACAGAGAAUGGCGUGCUGCUGCCCUCCCUGCAGUCGGCCCUGCCCUUCUUGGACCUACACGGGACGCCGCGGCUGGAGUUCCACCAGUCGGUGUUUGAUGAGCUGCGGGACAAACUGUUGGAGCGAGUGUCAGCCAUUGCCUCGGAGGGGAAGGCUGAGGAAAGGUACAAGAAGCUGGAAGACCUUCUGGAGAAGAGCUUUUCUCUGGUCAAGAUGCCGUCUUUGCAGCCAGUUGUGAUGUGUGUCAUGAAGCACCUGCCCAAGGUUCCUGAGAAGAAGCUGAAGCUGGUGAUGGCUGACAAGGAGCUGUACCGAGCCUGCGCCGUGGAGGUGAAGCGGCAGAUCUGGCAGGACAACCAGGCACUCUUUGGGGACGAGGUCUCCCCACUGCUGAAGCAGUACAUCCUGGAGAAGGAGAGUGCGCUCUUCAGCACGGAGCUCUCCGUCCUGCACAACUUCUUCAGUCCUUCCCCCAAGACCAGGCGCCAGGGCGAGGUGGUGCGGAGGCUGACGCAGAUGGUGGGGAAGAGCGUGAAGCUGUACGACAUGGUGCUGCAGUUUCUGCGCACGCUCUUCCUACGCACGAGGAACGUGCACUACUGCACGCUGCGGGCUGAGCUGCUCAUGUCCCUGCACGACCUGGACGUGGGCGACAUCUGCACCGUGGACCCCUGCCACAAGUUCACCUGGUGCCUGGACGCCUGCAUCCGAGAGCGGUUUGUGGACAGCAAGCGAGCCCGGGAGCUGCAGGGCUUCCUCGACGGAGUGAAGAAGGGCCAGGAGCAGGUCCUCGGGGACUUGUCCAUGAUCCUGUGCGACCCGUUUGCCAUCAACACGUUGGCGCUGAGCACCAUCAGACACCUGCAGGAGCUGGUCGGCCAGGAGACGCUGCCCAGGGACAGCCCCGACCUCCUCCUGCUGCUCCGGCUGCUGGCGCUGGGCCAGGGCGCCUGGGACAUGAUCGACAGCCAGGUCUUCAAGGAGCCCAAGAUGGAGGUGGAGCUCAUCACCAGGUUCCUGCCGAUGCUCAUGUCCUUUGUGGUGGACGACCACACCUUCAACGUGGAUCAGAAGCUUCCGGCCGAGGAGAAGGCCCCCAUCACGUACCCAAACACCCUUCCUGAGAGUUUCACUAAGUUUCUGCAGGAGCAGCGCAUGGCCUGCGAGGUGGGGCUGUACUACGUCCUGCAUGUCACCAAGCAGAGGAACAAGAACGCGCUCCUCCGACUGCUGCCUGGGCUUGUGGAGACCUUUGGUGACCUGGCCUUCAGUGACAUCUUCCUUCACCUGCUCACGGGGAACCUUGCGCUGCUGGCUGACGAAUUUGCCCUGGAGGAUUUCUGCAGCUGCCUCUUCGAUGGCUUCUUCCUCGCGGCCUCACCAAGGAAGGAGAAUGUGCACCGGCACGUGCUGCGGCUGCUCCUCCACCUGCACCCCAGGGUGGCCCCGUCCAAGCUGGAGGCCUUGCAGAAGGCCCUGGAGCCCACAGGCCAGAGUGGAGAGGCCGUGAAGGAACUGUACUCCCAGCUCGGCGAGAAGCUGGAGCAGCUGGACCACCGCAAGCCCAGCCCAGCCCAGGCUGCGGAAACGCCUACCCUGGAGCUGCCCCUCCCCAGCGCGCCCGCCCCGGCCGGACUCUGAGGCUCCUCUGGGGGCUGCUCGGGAGUGGGGGCCCCUCCUGGGGCGUGUCUUGGACAGCCCGGAGAAGAGGCUGCCCUUGGACCCACACAUAGUACAGGCAGCGGCUGCUCCCCGGGCUGGGGGCGCUGCCGGCCACACGUGGGACCCACGUGCCUGCCCCAGGGCCCUGGCUGGCGGGGAGCACGACGCCUGCUUGUCCUUGCACAGCACGGAAAGCUCGUCACACCUGCUGUGCACCCUGGGUUUGCGUGGCCGUAGCAGAGACAGAUGGCAGUGGCAGGGAUUAGGAAAAGCCAUCUGCUUUCCAAGGGGCAAGGGCGGGGCCUGGGUUGACAAGGGGUGGAGCCUCCCGGGGAGGCUACAAGGGGAGGGUGGUGCCACCAUGUUGGCACAACCUGGCAGAAGCCCAGGGUUUCCGGCCGCGGGGCUGCGGAGAUGGCACUGUUCCUGCCGUGGAGCGGGCGCAGCCUCGAGCCUGGCCCGCGCCGUGGCGGAAGGUCCCGCUGACCGAAGGCCCCCGGGCAGCCUCCCUUCCCAGAGCGCCCACGUAGCAGGUGUGUAGCAGGCAUGGCAAAGAAAGCCCAGGCCCCCACGUGCUGCCUCGGUUUACCUUUGGAGCUGAGUGCUUCUCCUCGUUCAGCUGCACCUUCUCGACCUGCCACGUGGGGGCAGCUGGUGCACACAUGAAAUUUUCG